AUGCCUGGCCACAGCACCAGGGCCCCGCAGGCAUCCCGCCACCACAAACAUCACGGUUCCAGACCAGACAAGUACAGUCAAGCCCCAUCUAUAUUUCGGAAGAGCAAAACCAUUCAAGACUCUUAUAAGGAUCCCAAUGGAACGCAUCAUCACGAUGAGCACUCCCGCUAUUUGGAGAAUAAACACGGUCGCAGAGCACCCCCACGCAACGGCGCCGGACGUGGCUCGGAGACUAUUGGUUUCAUUCCUGGCUCGGCAGACAACGCGCCCACCAACAGACAUGCUUGCGGCUCCUGUGCCUCUAUGGGCUGGAGUGGCUGUAAGGCCCUUAUUUGCUGCGUAUUGACCUGUGGCUUUUACGGCAGCCGAGAGCCUUGUCUCCCAGUUAAUGAGAGCUCCACAGACCAUCCCCCUAAAACAAGUAGUGAAUCCCACCCUCCUAAUGGUACGGCUGUGACCAAUUCCCCUGGUGCGGGCAUCACUUUUGAGCCCAACAAGUCCACCAAAUCUGUUAAAAUGUUGCCCACAAGCGACAGCUUCCGCUACCCGGAUGUGCGCAUAGCCGGUCAGUCAGUAAGGUAUCCGGUAAUGGCCUCAAAGAGGACCCGAACUUCUGGCCGGGGAGAAAGCCAACGGCCGAUCAGCAACACCAGCUUGCUAUCCCGUGACGACUACGACUUGGAUGACCUGAGCGACGAGGGCACAGAUAUUGACUCGCUCAUUACCAAGAAGCUGCUGGAGCUUUACGCGCUGCAUCAGAUCGACCAACUGGCUAAGUGCACCUCAGACUCGUCAUUCUCCCGCAAGACCAAUGAGAUCAGCGAGCUCAUAUACAGCAUUGCUCAGGAUUAUAACCUGGAAGAGCAGGAGGCAGAGUGCAAACUGGUGCGUGGCGUCAUCCGCAUCAGCACCCGAAAGGGCAACAGGAACAACAGGCGGCAGUCUGCGGGGCAGAGACCAAACGGGCGAAGUGACGGCACUCUGCCAGACAGCGGCAACGAGACCAUGACCAACACCUUCAUGAGCAGUGACUUUCCAGAGGUUAAAGUGUCCGAGCAGACGCCGUCAGAUGAGCUGGCGAGGAAGAUGAGACACUAUAGCGCGAGAACAUACUCCUCGAGCAGCGCCAUGGCCUAUUCGCCUUUCCUACACGAUACCGAGACGGACUCGUCAGGUGCUCCUCUCCUUGCGCUUUAG